AUGACCAGAUUUGCUCUGUCCCCUAGGGUGGUGAAAUUCCGUCGCACAGGCGAGAGUGCAAGGUCAGAGGACGACACGGCUUCGGGAGAGCAUGAGGUCCAGAUUGAAGGGGUCCGUGCAGGCCUAGAGGCCGUCGAGCUGGAUGAUGGGGCAGCUGUGCCUAAGGAGUUUGCCAAUCCCACCGACGAUACUUUCAUGGUGGAAGAUGCGGUGGAAGCCAUUGGCUUUGGAAAAUUUCAAUGGAAGCUCUCUGUUCUCACCGGCUUGGCUUGGAUGGCCGACGCCAUGGAGAUGAUGAUCCUGAGCAUCCUUGCGCCGCAGCUGCACUGCGAGUGGCGGCUGCCCAGCUGGCAGGUGGCGUUGCUGACCUCGGUGGUCUUUGUCGGCAUGAUGUCCAGUUCUACCCUCUGGGGAAACAUCUCAGACCAGUAUGGCAGGAAAACAGGGCUGAAGAUCAGUGUGCUCUGGACCCUGUACUAUGGCAUCCUCAGCGCGUUCGCGCCCGUGUACAGCUGGAUCCUGGUGCUCCGGGGCCUGGUGGGCUUCGGGAUCGGAGGGGUCCCCCAGUC